AAGGCAAAUGAAGACUAGAUUAUACCACCUAGGCUCUAUCUAGACCACUAUAAAUAGGGGCCUCCUAUUCUCAAAAGGAUCACAUAAACAUACCUACCAUCUUCAUAAGACAACAUUCAAUUUAAGUGUGAGAGCACAUAUGGCGCUGGUGAAGAUUGGGCAGUGGGGUGGAAAUGGAGGGUCCGCUCAGGACAUCAGUGUGCCACCCUGCAAACUCACUAGCGUGACUAUUCGCAGUGGACAAGCGAUUGAUGCUAUCACCUUCUCCUACGUGGGAAUGGAUGGACUGGAGCAUGUGGUUGGUCCAUGGGGUGGUCCUGGCGGAAGCCCUACUACGUUCAAGAUUGGCCCUACAGAGCGUGUGAAGGAAUUCUCUGGAACCCAUGGCCCGUUUGGAACCUUGGCCGACAUUGUGACAUACCUGAAGAUCGUCACCGAUGCUACAACGUAUGAGCUGGGUGUGAAGAGUGGAACACCCUUCAAUGUUCCGCUGCAGGGCAACGCCACUGUUGUUGGUUUCUUUGGACGCUCUGGAGCACUCCUUGAUGCAGUUGGCGUCUACAUCCGCCCAUGAUGAUCCUGGGCACGCUACGCCUACUUAUAUACUUUCUCCGUUUCUAAUUAUUUGACGCGAUUGACCUUUUUAAACAUAUUUAACCAUUCGUCUUAUUAAAAAAAUUAAGUAAUUAUAAAUUCUUUUUCUAUUAUUUGAUUUAUUCUUAAAUAUAUACUUUUAUGUAUACAUAUAGUUUUAUAUAUUUUACAAAAUUUUUUGAAUAAGACGAACGGUUAAACACGUGCUAAAAAGUUAACGGUGUCAAAUAUUUAGAAAUGGAGAAAGGACAUAUGUGCCACGGUGUCGUUACUGCUACAACGACAGUAGCGACGAUGACAGUUGAUAUAUAUGUAUUUUGUCAAAGAAAAACCAUAUUGUUGUAAUUAAUUAUAGUUGUGUUGUGUGUCGUGCACGUGUGUAAUUGCAAUAAGUCGGGUAUCAUUUGUAUGUGUUCACUUGAUCUAGGGAUGGCAAUCGGGCGCGACGGGCACGGAUAGUGCCUACCCAUACCCAUGCCUGUGAGAUUAUUUGUGCCCGUGGGUAUACCCAUUACUACAUGACGGGUAAGGAUGGUUGCCCAUGCCCAUUGCCCGCGGGCGCCUUAUACCCGCGGGCGUGCCCGUUUACCCGCCACAAUAAAAGCAGUGAAACAAAAAGUCUACAAGUUACUAAGUUCGAAUCGAACUUAAAACAUCAAAUAUUCUCCGCCUCGGUGUCGUGUCUCUCCUCUGGCGGCGAUAGAGUAAGAGGAGAGAAAUAAUAAGGGAAAUAAAAGGAAAACCGUAGAAAACAAAGAACGUGGCUUAUGUAUUCUAGUGGAUUUUACUCCUAGCCUACAUGUAAGUUAGAUUUCGCGGGUAAACAGGCAAAGCGGGCAUGGGUAGUGAUUACCCAUACCCAUGCCCAUUUACCCAUCGGACAUAGCUUUUGACCCAAUAAAAUACCCAUGGGUAUAAAAUAGAGAACAAACCCAACCCUAAUAGGGUUUUUACCCGCGGGUAAACGGGCACAAUUGCCAUCCCUAACUUGAUCCCUUGGAAGGUCUGCUUUGUCUUGUUAAUAUUCACCAAGUGUUAUAUGAUUGAAUAAAGAACCGUGACACACCACA